GCCUUCAGACCUGGUGUUCAGACUCUUGCACGCUUAGGUUCCAGGAAAUUGCCCAACCCCUCAUUCCCUUUGGGAUCUUGGGUCUAACUUCUCCCUCCUGAGCCUGGGUCAGUUGUCAACUCUGAGUCAAAGAUUCUCACCCUCCCCCCACUUCCCCAGGCUAUUUUGAGGGCACCGGUCUGAUCUUGCUUAGCUUCUCUGGUGAAAGAAACAUCAGGAUUGCAUCAGGGUCCAGGAGGAGGAGGCUGGGAUGUUUGGUGUAUGAGCGCCUGGGCUGGGAUUUGUGAGUAGGUUGGUUUGAAGCUCCCACACCAGGACUCCUGUGUCCUUGAGGAGGAACGCUUAGAUCAUGUGGCACUUGCUGCUUUCUUGAUGACCAAGGAACCUCAGUGUCUGACCCCCAGAAACCCAGAAAGUCAGGUGAGACGCAGAAAUGCCAGUUGUGGGACACAAUCUGCAUCAGUCAGGCAGAGAGGUGGAUCCCAGCCCCCUUCCUGCUCAGACUCAGGAGUCCAGGCCCCCAGCCCCCUCCUCCCUCAGACCCAAGAGCCUGAACCCCCAGCCUCCUGCUUCUUCAGACCCACAAGUCUGAAACCCCAGCUUCCUCCUCCCUCAGACCAAACAGUCUGGGCCCCCAGCCCCUUUCACUCAGGUCCCACUUCAUCACAUUUCUAUCCCCCUGAUGUCUCAGACCCAGGAGCCCAGGGCCCCAGCUGGAAGGACCCCUGAUUGCAUCAUCCGUUCAGGGUGACCUGGCCACCGUGGAAUUCUAGCAUCUGCCAUGUGGGUCAAAUAUCAAGGGUCAAGCGUCGGGAAGGUGAUUGGGCGGGUCUGUCUGGAUAUAAAUUCUGGAGCAUCUGCAUUCUUCCCAAGAGAUUUGGGUGUCCUGUCAGCUGUGAAUCUACGUGCAAGAGGACCCAGGCAUUUCAGCUACCAGAGAAGCCAUUGUGAAUCUGCUCUCCCCGACACCCAGGCUCUGAAACAGAAUCUAGACCAUUCAGGUCUUCAAAGCCCAGACCCCAUACCUCACUUGAGGACGUGAACCAUUGAUGGGCUGGGACAGGGCCAAAUUCGAGCACCUGGGACUGUGGGUCCCUGUGCUAGCUGUCCUGCUGGGAGCCUGCCAGGCACACCCCAUUGCUGACUCCAGCCCCCUCCUCCAAUUUGGGGGCCAAGUCCGCCAGCGAUACCUCUACACGGAUGACGCCCAGGAGACGGAGGCCCACCUGGAGAUCAGGGCCGAUGGCACAGUGGUGGGGACGGCCCGCCAGAGCCCCGAAAGUCUUCUGGAGCUGAAAGCCCUAAAGCCAGGGGUCAUUCAAAUCUUGGGAGUUAAAACAUCCAGGUUCCUGUGCCAGGGGCCAGAGGGGAGGCUGUAUGGAUCGCUCCACUUCGACCCCCGGGCCUGCAGCUUCCGGGAGCUGCUUCUUGAGGAUGGAUACAACGUUUACCAGUCUGAGGCUCUUGGCCUUCCACUCCGCCUGCCCCCGCACCGCUCCUCCAACUGGGACCUGGCCCCCCGGGGACCUGCUCGCUUCCUGCCACUGCCAGGCUUCCUCCCGGCACCCCUGGAGCCUCCAGGGAUCUUGGCCCCCGAGCCUCCCGACGUGGGUUCCUCGGACCCCUUGAGCAUGGUGGGACCUUCACAUGGCCGAAGCCCCAGCUACACUUCCUGAAGCCACAGGCUGUUUAUUACUGAGUCUUCUCUUUAUUUAUUGUAUUAUUUAUCUUAUUUAUUUUCUUUUUUUUCUUACUUGAAAUAAUAAAGAGUCUGAGAGGA